CGGACCCGUACUCUACAUAUAUCAUACAGUUUUCGGAAGGGGUCGGUGAGUCAGGAGAGCCGUGAUCCGCGCGGGUCGAAAGGAGUGAUUUUUUAACGGUACAGAUUCUGAUGAUGAUGAAGAUGAUGACGGUGAGGAUGAUCCUGCUUCCGUAAGCGCCUUUAAAAUCAUGGUCUCGGCUAUCAUAAGUGGGAGUCGGAAGAGGAGGUGUUGAUGAUAAUCGUUUUAUGUCGUUUUUCCCCCUCUUAAUGAUGGUGGAUGCAUGGACUAUCCCCCUGCGCCGAUAGGGCUCUGGCUGACCGCAACCUGCCUGCCGAACACUCCGCCAGUAUCACUGCCUCUUCGUGCCGUACCGUGACCUUGGAUGUACAAAAGGGGUGUUUUGUUUACCGUGUCUCCCGUGGACAAGGCUUUGCCGCUGGCGAACAUUACUAUAAUGUUCCUCUUGGUUCCGCGUUAAUGGAUGUUCUCUUGCGCCACAGUUCGCCCGCCUGCGCGCUGACAGUCACACGGCUAUAGCACUAUGGAAACGGGAGAACGAGAGCGAGGGCGCGUACACGGUGACAGAGGGGGAUACCCAGUGAUCCAACAUGGCCCCAGAGAUGUUAAUGACCUGAUCAGUGGUGGAUCCAUCGUCAGCGCCGAGGCAGUAUGGGAUCACGUGACCAUGGCUGACCGGGAGUUGGCCUUCAAGGCGGGCGACGUCAUCAAAGUGCUGGACGCGUCCAAUAAGGACUGGUGGUGGGGUCAGAUAGACAACGACGAGGGCUGGUUCCCGGCCAGCUUUGUCAGGGUGGAGACCCAUUCUCCUCAGUCCCAAACCAAACAGCUUUUUUAUAUCAACCCGAUCGCAGCUCCACGCCUCUCAAACACAUCUCCCAAGCUGUGGGUGAACCAGGACGAGAGCGGCGCAGUGGAGGCGCUGGAGGGCACCAGCGAGGUCCACAAUGGGCACGUGGAGUCCAGCCCCAACCCCACCAGCGACUGCCUGUGCCUGGGCCAGCCCGUGCAGAACCGCGACCAGAUGAGGGCCAACGUCAUCAACGAGAUCAUGAGCACCGAGCGCCACUACAUCAAACACCUCAAGGACAUCUGCGAGGGUUACUUGAGACACUGCAAGAAGCGGAGGGACAUGUUUAACGAGGACCAGCUCAAAAUGAUCUUUGGCAACGUGGAGGACAUCUACAGAUUCCAGCUGGGUUUCGUCCGAGACCUGGAGAAGCAGUUCAACACAGACGAUCCCCAUCUCAGUGAAAUUGGACCAUGCUUCCUAGAACACCAAGACGGGUUCUGGAUCUACUCGGAGUACUGCAACAACCACGUGGACGCCUGCAUGGAGCUGGCGCGGCUGAUGCGGGACGCUCGCUUCCAGCACUUCUUCGAGGCCUGCCGCAUGGAGCAGCACAUGAUGGACAUCGCCAUCGACGGCUUCCUGCUCUGCCCCGUGCAGAAGAUCUGCAAGUACCCGCUGCAGCUGUCCGAGCUGCUCAAGUACACCGUCCAGGACCACAGUGAUUACCGGUAUGUAGCGGCAGCACUCGCUGUGAUGAGGAACGUCACUCAGCAGAUUAACGAGCGGAAGCGUCGCCUGGAGAACAUCGACAAGAUCGCUCAGUGGCAGGCCUCGGUGCUGGACUGGGAGGGCGAGGAUAUUUUGGAUCGCAGCUCGGAGCUGGUCUACACUGGGGAGUUGUCCUGGAUCUACCAGCCGUACGGGAGGAGCCAGACCCGGGUCUUCUUCCUGUUCGACCAUCAGCUGGUGCUGUGCAAGAAGGAUCUCAUUCGCAGGGACGUCUUGUACUACAAGGGGCGCAUAGACAUUGACCACUACGGGGUGGUGGACGCCCUUGACGGCCGGGACGAUGACUUUAACGUGAGUGUGAAGAGCGCCUUCAAGCUGCGGCACAAAGAGUGUGAGGACAUCCACCUCUUCAUCGCCAAGAAGCUGGAGGAGAAGAUUCGCUGGCUACGGGCCUUCCACGAGGAGCGCAAGAUGGUACAGGAGGACGAAAAGAUUGGGUUUGAGAUUUCAGAGUAUCAGAAGAGACAGGCAGCUAUGACAGUUCGUCGAGUGACCAAACAGAAAGGUGCGGGUCGUUCGGGCGGUGCGGGGCCCCCGGCGUACCCUCCUCCUAUCGACCCCAUGAACCUGAGCCCGUACAUGCUGCCCGACGGGCUGUGCCAGGCCGACGGCUACGAGUACGGGGAGCCCAAGAGGAGCACGUCGCCGUUCUGGCAGAACCUCAGCCGGCUAGCCCCCUUUAAGAAAUAACACUCCCGCCCUUUAGCCAGGGAGUAGCGGACAACCACGGAAAAUAAGGACCGCUGUUUGUUGUUUUGUUUUUUCUUCUUCUUCUGCUCCAAGAAAAAAAAAAAAAAGCACUAUUCUUCAUCUAAUUUAUUCUUGAACUGUUUUUGGAACGCGAACAGAACACCCAGGCUAAGUUGUGAGGGACGGACCCAAACAAUGGCAGCUGUUUGGAACGGGGGGGAGGGGGGGGGUUCCAGCGGACCGCUGUAGUCAUGCCCACACCCGCCGGAUGCAGACUUCUCACUUUUAGCAACACACCAGGCACCAACCACACCACACACACACACACACACACACACACACACACACACACACACACACACACAGACACACACACACACACACACACACACAACGCACACACACAAAUGCCACUGUUGGAGACCCACUUUAGGUGCUACACCACGACAAAGCAAAACAGAAAUAAACAAGGCAAGGCAAGACAAGGCAAGACAA